CGCAAUGUAUCCCAUUGAGAUAAAGUGGAGGCUGUCUGGCUCAAUGCUAAUAUCAUUGACAGUACGAGAGUUUCGGUGGCCAAGACAGUAUGUCAACAUGUUGGUAUUUUUUUUUUAGGUUGAAUCCAAAUAAUUAUGUUAAUUGAAAUGUCAAAGUGCAAAGACAUGGUUAAGUUGUGAAAUAAUCAACUCAAUUCUGUUUGUACGAUAAGUUGAAUGAAUUGAAAAUAAAAGUUAACGCUAUAUUUAUUUUGAAGUACAAAAAUGGGAGAUGACUACAUUGAGAAAGGCCUUCUGUAAACACUGCUAUACACACAACAACACAUCAACACAUCAAGAACCUGACAAAAAGAGCUCCACAAUUAUCAGCACCUCUGUUCUUCUCGCAAAGAAUCAUCUUGGCCUUGCUGUCCUUCGUCGGGACUUUGCUUGUGUACGUCACGAGGGUCAAUAUCUCCGUGGCAAUUAUAUGCAUGGUGCGUAACCCACAAACCAACGCAACAACAGCAUGGAACUCUUCGGGUGUCAACGGCACCCUGAACGUGACGCUGGGAGCUGGUGUCUGUGGGGACAUGGGUGUUUCAGCAGUCGACAAGGACACCAACGAUAGGGCGGAGUUUGACUGGGACAAGCUGACUAGAUCAGAGCUACUCUCCAUGUACUUCUAUGGAUAUAUCUUCACACAAAUACCAAGUGGCUGGUUGGCGUCCAGGUACGGAGGCAAGAGAGUCUGGGAGGUCAACAUGUUCAUUUGUGCUCUCUGCACCAUACUCACUCCAGUGUGUGCCAGGACUCACAUCUACAUGGCCUACGCUGCCAGAUUUAUACUAGGCGUUGCCGCUGGAGUAACAUUCCCCUGUGUCCACGCCAUGCUGGGCAAAUGGGCGCCACGCUAUGAGAGAAGCAUGCUCACAUCGUUUGUGUUUGCAGGACCGCUGAUUGGUAAUAUUGCAACAUUUUCAAUAUCUGGACUUCUUUGUCAGUAUGGAUUUGACAACGGCUGGGGAUCAAUUUUUUAUUUGUCAGGUAUUUUUAACUUUCUUUGGGUGAUUGUUUGGCAUUUCACAACCGCAGACUCUCCUGCUCGACAUAAGUGGAUAACAGAGAGAGAAAAACUUUAUAUUGAAGCAUCUAUUGGUAAAGGUUCUAUAGCCAAGGUUCGUUAUGUUCCUUGGCUUAAAAUGUUUACGUCUGGCCCGCUGUGGGCAGCCAUCACGGCCCACCUGUGUAACAACUACGUCCACUACACCCUGUUGACGUCACUGCCAACUUUUAUGAAGGAGAGUUUGAAUUUUGACAUCAAACAGAAUGGGUUUCUUUCAUCACUGCCAUACCUGUGUCAGUUUCUAGCCUCCAUAGGUGUGGGCUACGUCGCCGACACUGUCAGGGAAAGAAAGAUGAUGUCCACGAGGAUGGUCAGGCGGUCAUUUCAAAGUGUUUCUUUUAUAGGAACUGCCAUAUGUAUAGCUAGUGUUGGACAAAUCAGCUGUGAACAGCGCUACAUAGCAGUAUUUUUGCUUUGUCUCUGCACCAUAUUCAUGAGCUUCAACAGAGCUGGCUAUAUAGUCAAUCACCUUGACCUUGCACCCAGCUAUGCAGGUAUACUGUUUGGUAUCACAAACACAGCUGCCACUAUACCAGGCAUGAUUGCACCGAUCAUCGCUGGAGCACUCACACCUAAUAAAACUGCAGAAGAAUGGAAGAUUGUGUUUUACGUCUGCGCGGGAAAUGCAGCAUUUGGUGCUAUCAUCUAUUUAUUACUCGCAGACGGAGAGCUGCAGUCCUGGGCGGUCCCGCCACAGUCAAAAGUGAAGAUGGAGGUUUUAGUUGAAAGGGAUCGAGAUGAAGCGAAAAAAGUUCGGCCAAAUAGUCAUUCGUCCCAGUAAUAGGACAUAGCAAAGUGGCAAAAGGGACCAAUUACAAAAUAUGUUUCAGUUCACUGUGAGAAAGACAAUGUCACCAUAGUGGAAAUGUUCGGAAAGAGAUUCUUGUGUCGGAACACAGAGCGUAAUUAUGUAAACAGAGUUUGCAAUAAAUUAUAGGCGUGUAAAAUGUGUGUAAGAUGUGUGUAAGUUCAAAGUUGUGUGUAACUUUUAUGUAAGCUGUUGAACAUUAUACCUGUAAACCAUAAAUUAUCUUUUGUAAUUAAAAAUGAACUAGUAAUGUAUAAUAAAUAUGUUUUAGGUAAUUAAAAAAACACGAAAUCUAAAA